ACCUGCUGUACCAUUCGUAGUCUCUGCACUUAGCGCUGCACUUGAGGUUGGACUAGAACCGUCUGCAAUUGCAACAAAGUAUCUAAAGGGAUAUUUUGCAACAAAGAGGACGAUGGCAACAUCCGUGAAAUUGAACACCGGUGCAGACAUGCCCAUUCUCGGUCUCGGGACGUGGAAGUCCCCUCCAGGUAAAGUAACUGAUGCGGUGAAGGCGGCCAUAGCUGCAGGCUAUAGGCACAUCGACGGGGCCUUCAUCUACCAGAACGAGACGGAGGUGGGAGAGGGCAUUCAUAUCAUGGUCAAGGAGGGGGUGGUGAAGAGAGAGGAACUGUUCGUGGUCAGCAAGCUGUGGUGCACAUUCCAUGGGAAGUCCAUGGUGAAAGAAGGCUGUAAGAAGACUCUCAGUGAUCUGAAACUGGACUACCUGGAUCUUUAUCUGAUACACUGGCCCAUGGGCUUCCAGCCUGGAGAGGACCUCUUCCCUACGGACAGCAAUGGAAAUAAUAUCGACGAUGGCUCCAAAUUCCUGGAGACAUGGGAGGCUAUGGAGGAGCUGGUGGAUGCUGGACUGGUCAAGGCUAUCGGUGUCUCCAACUUUAACAAAGACCAGAUUGAAUCCAUCCUGAACAAGCCAGGCCUCAAGUAUAAACCUGCCAACAACCAGGUUGAAUGCCACCCCUAUCUGAACCAGGGGAAGUUGAUCAACUACUGUCACUCUAAGGGCAUCUCUGUGACAGCCUACAGCCCCCUGGGUUCCCCAGACAGACCAUGGGCCAAACCAGAGGACCCUUCUCUGCUGGAGGAUCCCAACAUCAAGGCCAUCGCUGAGAAGCACAAGAAGACCUCUGCCCAGGUCCUGAUCCGCUUCCAUAUCCAACGGAACACGAUUGUGAUUCCCAAGUCUAUCACCCCCACACGUAUCCAGGAGAAUUUCAAGGUGUUUGACUUUGUGUUGAGCGACGAGGAAAUGAAGACCAUUCUGGGCUUCAACAGGAACUGGAGAGUCUGCCCAAUGACAGGGAGCAUGAAGCACAAGGACUACCCCUUCAAUGCUGAAUUUUAAGGAAACGGUGGAUUCACAAAGUUCCAUCACUGGGUGCUGUGACUCGCUUGAGAUGUCUGCCCUCUUUCUGUUCUCAUUUAGAUUCAUUCUUAUUUCUCCCUUUAAGACAAUGUGCAGAAAUAGCCAUCCUUGAGCUGGUUUCUUGCAAAUACCAAUACAUACUGUGAUUUAGUAUCUGUGUGUUGCAGUAUUGUAUUUCUCACCAGAUAUACACUCUGACCUAUAUAAUUACCUUCUUUCAUAGCACAAUGGUCAUUAUUUUUCAACAAUCAUGGAAACAUAAUUUGACAUAGGAUCGAUAUUAGUGAGGUAUAAAAAAAGCUUUUGGUUUCUGGUUUGAUACUGUAGCAAAUCCAAGGCGCCAGGCUUCGUAACGCGCACAAUAUGUUGUUUGUGGCUUCUCACAUGACCCAGUUUGUUUGUUUCUCUUUGGUCACUCGCAAGCUUUGUCAUCAAUUAGCAUCUACAUUUACAGGCCAUAUAUAAUCUUAUGACUUUAAAGAAUUGAUGUUAACCAUAGGAAUGCAUAGUUCAACCAUAGGAGCUGGGUAUGUCAUACCUGGUCUUACUGAAGUAAGUUACAGAAAUAGCACAUGGACAUUGUGUGUGUGAUGUACAGUAUUACAUAUCAACUGUUUCCUGUUUCCUUUUUGUUUCAGAGAUUAAAAAAAUGUAGACUAUAAAUAGUAUCGACAUAGCUUAUCCUAAUAGUACAUUGACCUAUGUUCAUGAAGAUAUGUUGUUGAACACUCCUUCCCUCCAAUGCCUAGUCAUAGGAGCCGAGAAUGAGUCAUCCACACUCUUUGCCUUACAGGACAAUAAAGCACUUCUACUCAU